AUGGAGUUCCCGGAGCACAGCCGACAGCUGCUCCAGUGCCUGAGUCGCCAGCGCUUGCAGGGCUUCCUGUGCGACUGCACCGUGCUCGUGGGCGGCUCCGAGUUCCGAGCGCACCGUGCCGUGCUCGCCUCCUGCAGCGGCUACUUCCACCUCUUCUACCGCGACGAGAGGCCCCCCGCGGAGUCCGCGGCGGGGCUCGUGGUGCGGCUGAACGGGGACGCGGUGACGGCGCCCGCGUUCGGGGCCCUGCUCGAGUUCAUGUACGAGGGCCGCCUGCGCGUGGACGGGCUGCCCGUGGAGGACGUGCUGGCGGCCGCCAGCUACCUACACAUGUACGACAUCGUCAAGGUGUGCAAGCAGAGGCUCCGAGGACGUGGCGACGGGGUCGGGGUCCCUGCGCCAGAGCGGUGCCCCCGGCCGUGUCCGGAGAACAUCUGCGUGAAGAUAGAGGCGGGGGAGGAGGAGGAGAUGGUGUUGGCGGCUGUGUGCGGCGACGAGGGCGUGAGCAGCGUGCGAAGCGUCGCCGAGGGUGGCUCUCACGGCGGUGGCAGCCGUCUGGCGGCGAGGGCAGCGCCGUACGGCGCGGCAGCUGGGAAAACGGCGUCAACGGCUCCAUUGUUGCGCGGCGGCUCUGGCAUCUCAAUUAAGGGCCUCGGUGAGAGCGCGCUCGACCUGUCAGUCAAGCCGGCAUCUGCGGCGGCGAGGGCGUGCGACCCCGACCUCCCGGGGCACACGGGCCUAGGUGAAAGGGAAGCGGCUGCCGCCGCAGCUGUUACAGCUACCGCCGCCGCCGCCGCUGCUGUCUCGGCAAAGGGCCUCCUGCUGCAGGAGGAGCGAGGAGGAGAUUGCGACGAGGAGAUGUGCGACGCGGACGAGGACCCGGCGAGGAGAGCGGACGACCUCGCGAGCAACUCGUCGCACCGCUCCAGCGGCGUGAGCUGCGAGCUCUCGGAGAAGGUUCCCUCGACCUCCAGCGAGCUGGACCACGAGGACGACGUGGGCAGCUCGGACGAGGGCAUGGAGCCAGAGAUGAAGCCGCCCGCGUCCCUGGGCCACUUCCGCUUCAAGGACGAGGCGCUGCUGCUGCCCUUGUCGCUGCGCGAGGGCGGCGGCCCGCUGCUGGGCUCGGCGGGGUUGGUGUUCGCCUGCCCCCUGUGCGGCCAGGCCAUGCCGUGCCCCCAGGCUCUGCAGAUCCACCUCAGCCUGCACUUCAGCGAGCGCCGCGCGGAGCCCAAGGUGGAACGCGUGGCGGGCCACCGCGGCCCGCACGGCCUGCAGCCCCAUGGCAACGGCAAGGUCAAGCCGCCCCUGCCGCCGCCCCCGCCGCCGCUGCCGCCGCCUCUGUGGCGCGUGUCCCGGCGGCGCGGCGCCGCCUCGCCGCCGGCCCUCGGCGGGGCCGAAGGGGACGUGCCCACGUGCGCCACGUGCGGGAAGACGUUCUCGUGCGCGUACACGCUGCGGCGGCACGAACGCACGCACUCGGGCGAGAAACCCUACACGUGCGCCACGUGCGGCAAGAGCUUCCAGUACUCGCACAACCUGACGCGCCACGCCGUGGUGCACACGCGCGAGAAGCCGCACGCCUGCAAGUGGUGCGAGCGGCGCUUCACGCAGUCGGGGGACCUGUACCGGCACAUGCGCAAAUUCCACGGCGGCCUCGCGGGCUCAGUGACCGCGCAGUGA